AUGAUGGAUUCCAGUACCACUGAGAUCCGCCAGGAAGUAGCAGCCUCUCAAGAUGAAGAAAACGCAAGCACGGUUCUCCUUUCGGAUGUGCUCGAGAAAUACCAAACGGCGGUCGAUCCGCUCGUUCGGUUGCGUUGCCUUGUCGCCAACACAACACCUUCCGAGCGUACAGACAUUGUCAAGUCAGCAGUCCUUUUUUGCCGUGCAGGCCCUAACACGGCACCGCCCCUGUUCCCAAUCCCUCUUGCCGGAAUCCCUCAAGGCAGCUGCGUUCGUUGGGGACCCCGCCGGAAACAGCACGGAACUUUGAUUCUCUGGCGCUCAACAAGUCGCGAAUUGGGUUGCAGCCAGACACACAAUCGCGUGCUUAUGCGGCCGCAGGUCCUUUGGUUCGAUUUGUGA